AUGGGGGCCAAGGUACAGCGCGAACCGGAAAGCGGAAAGCCCGUCGCCGUCAUGACCGGCCGAACGAAGCAAGGCAGGAGAAGCCAGCAGUUCAGGAUUGAUUCUCAGGAAGACAUGUAG